GAGGUCCGGCUGCGCGCAGUCUAUGACAGUACGUCAGCAGCGGGAUGGCCGUAGCUGCGGCGGCGGCUGCAGAAGCCCGAGCAGCCGCGGCCGCAGUGGAGGCUACAGCCCAAGCGGCGUCGGCGGUUGCACCCCGGGGAGUUUAAGAUGGCGGCGGGGGGAGCGGCGGGCCUGCGGGAGGAGCAGCGCUACGGACUGUCUUGCGGGCGGCUAGGGCAGGACCACAUCACCGUGCUACAUGUGAAGCUCACCGAGACGGCGAUCCGGGCGCUCGAGACUUACCAGAGCCACAAGAGUUUGAUUCCUUUCCGACCUUCUAUCCAGUUUCAGGGGCUUCAAGGGCUUGUCAAAAUUCCCAAACAUGAUCCCCUCAACGAAGUGCAUACCUUUAACUUCUAUUUGUCAAAUGUGGGCAAAGACAACCCUCAGGGCAGCUUUGACUGCAUCCAGCAGACUUUCUCCAGCUCUGGAGCCUCCCAGCUCAAUUGCCUGGGAUUUAUACAAGAUAAAAUUACAGUGUGUGCAACAAACGACUCGUAUCAGAUGACACGAGAAAGAAUGACCCAGGCAGAGGAGGAAUCCCGCAACCGAAGCACAAAAGUUAUCAAACCCGGUGGACCAUAUGUAGGGAAAAGAGUGCAGAUUCGGAAAGCACCUCAAGCUGUCGCUGACGCAGUGCCUGAAAGGAAAAGGUCCACCCCCAUGAACCCUGCAAACACAAUUCGAAAGGCACAUGGCAGCAGCAGUGUUUCUCAGCGGCCAUACAGGGACAGAGUGAUUCACUUACUGGCCCUCAAGGCCUACAAGAAACCCGAGCUGCUGGCCCGACUGCAGAAAGACGGAGUCAAUCAGAAAGACAAGAACUCCCUGGGAGCCAUUCUGCAACAGGUAGCCAACCUGAAUCCUAAGGACCUGUCCUAUACGCUAAAGGAUUUCGUGUUCAAGGAGAUUCAGCGGGACUGGCCGGGAUACAGCGAAGCAGACAGGCGAGCUCUGGAGUCAGUGCUCAGUAGAAAACUAAAUCCAUCUCAGAAUUCUGCUGGCACCAGCCGUUCAGAAUCUCCUGUAUGUUCUAGUAGAGAUGCUGCCUCCUCUCCUCAGAAACGGCCUUUAGAAUCAGAUUUUAUUGAUCCUUUAAUGAAUAAAAAAGCUCGAAUAUCUCACCUGACAAGUAGAGUACCACCAACAUUAAAUGGUCAUGUGAACCCCACCAGUGAAAAGUCCGCCGCCAGCCUCCCGCCGCUUCCCGCAGCCGCUGCCAUCCCCAGCCCCCCGCCGCUGCCUUCCACCCACCUGCCUGUUUCCAACCCACCACCGCAGACUGUGCACUCUAACUCCAACUCCCCUAGCACGCCCGAAGGCCGGGGAACUCAAGACCUGCCUGUUGACAGUUUUAGUCAGAACGGUAGCAUCUAUGAGGACCAGCAAGACAAAUAUACCUCUAGGACUUCUGUGGAAACCUUAUCCCCUGGUUCAGUUCUACUCAAGUGUCCAAAGCCUAUGGAAGAAAACCAUUCAAUGUCUCACAAAAAGUCCAAAAAGAAGUCUAAAAAACACAAGGAAAAGGACCAAAUAAAAAAGCAUGAUAUUGAGACUAUUGAAGAGAAGGAAGAAGACAUUCAAGAAGAAGAGGAAAUUGCCAAGCUGAAUAAUUCCAGUCUGAAUUCCAGUGAAGGAGUUAAAGAGGGUUACACUGCCUCCGUGGAGCCUUCUUCAACAAUUGAACUCCCGGAUUAUUUGAUAAAAUAUAUCGCUAUUGUGUCCUAUGAGCAACGCCAGAAUUACAAGGAUGACUUCAAUGCUGAGUAUGACGAGUACAGGGCUUUGCAUGCCAGAAUGGAGACAGUAGCUCGAAGAUUUAUCAAACUGGAUGCACAACGGAAGCGCCUUUCUCCGGGCUCAAAAGAGUAUCAGAAUGUUCAUGAAGAAGUCUUACAAGAAUAUCAGAAGAUCAAGCAGUCGAGUCCCAAUUACCAUGAAGAAAAAUACAGAUGCGAGUAUCUUCAUAACAAGCUGGCUCACAUCAAAAGACUAAUAGGUGAAUUUGACCAACAGCAAGCAGAGUCAUGGCACUAAAACUCUGCUUGGACCAGAAGAUGUGAAUAAACUUAAGCUUAUUUAUUUAAAAUUCCAAAUGAGUUGUUGUAGAUUCUAAAAAGAUGAAACUUUGCCUGUUGAAAGUUUCAGUAUUAGUAAACUUGAGUUACUUUUCUCUCUCUCUCUCUUUUUUUUUUUUUUUUUUUUUUGCUUCCCUGCAUUUUGAAGCUGCUUUUUGCUGGUCAUCCCCCCCACCCCGCCCCGUCUCUUUCUCUCUCUCUCAAGACUUGUGUUUGUUAAUAGAAAAUAAUUUUUUAGAUAUUGGGGAUCCAGUGUUUAUAUACUUCAAAUCAUUUUUUUCCUUAAAAACUUGUGUUUGUCAUUAGAAAUGAUUUUUUAGAUAUUGGGGAUCCAAUGUCCACACUUAAAAGUUGUGUGUGUUUAAAAAAAAAAAAAAAAGUAAUGUGUCAGGUGAAAUGCUUUUGGAUAAACAAGCCUAUUUUCUGACCUUUCUUAAUGCAAACUCUUUGCCUUAAAUGGUAGAAUAUUUAGAAAUUUGCACAAAAUACAAAAAAAAUUAAAACAUUGUUUUGGAGGGUUAAAAAUAGAAAGGUGUAUGUGUAUAGGUAUUAUACACAUUUGUGUGUACAGGCUGACUUGAUCCAGACUAUUAAAUCCACCCUGCAAGUUAACCCCCCAUUGCAAUGGUUGCCUUAAGGUGUUUGCUAGUCAUGUACAUAGUGUGGUUAAUCAUUAGCUACACUGCUUCCCAGCGAUCAGAGCCACGGGAAGCACACUGUGGCCUACCAGCGUCUGAAAGCGUGUGCCCAACCUGUGUGCGUGCCGAGGUGAUGUGGGCGUGAGCAUGCGUGAAGGAAAAAGCUGCUACUCUCAGUAGGCCAAACGCUCAGGUUAAACAGCUGACGAGUGUUACUGUAGGGGUUUGUUGUUAUUCUUUUCCUGUCAAAUCGCUACUUCUAUUAUGGAAGAGGAAAGCAUUUCCAUUUCAACAGUUUAUCAGCUUUAUUAAUGUUGGACAAAAAUUGAUAUGUUAUAAAAAUGAAACAGAUCUAUAGUUUUGGGGCAAAAUUAUAAAAAUUGAAUGUGUAGGUAACAUAUUUAUAUACUGCUAUAAAGUAUUUUUUGAAGAGAGAUAUGCAAAGAAGCUAUUACCUACAUGAGAUGUAUAUUUAAAGAUGUUUUCAUCCUGGGUGCCAGGAAUAUUAAAAAGCGGAUAUAUUUAACCAUAACAUACUGUGAUUCAUCAAAUAGCACAAACUUUCAUUUCAUGGAGUUUAUCUGUUGACGCUGAUUUAAACUAUCACUUGUUUUAUCAUGUGGGAACAUAAGUUAUAUGGUCAAAAAUACAGGAUUUUGGACUAAUGUUGAUUCAAGUUGUGUUGUCUUAUCGUGUUGUCUUUUCAAAGUGCUGCCAGUUGAAAAGGGAAGCAUUAUGUUUACAAAUCUGUUUUGAAAUGUUUGCCAAAAUUUUGGUAGUAUCUUUAAUAAAGAUGUCUGUCUCCAGCAUCCAACAAAAUAAAUAAAUAACUUUGUCGUGUAUCACUGUAAACCAGAAAAUGUUGGUAUCUAGGGAAUAUAAGAGACUAUGUAGCUGAACUUUUCUCUUUGGAGUUCUUUCUAAAACUAACUGGAAAGAUUAUAUAAUAUAUUAAAAGUAGUAUACAAAAGUAUACAGACUUUACCAAGAUCCCUUUCCACUACAAUUCUAAAAUAUUAUAGCAGAAAUUUGAUUUCUAUGUAACAUGGACAUCCUUGGGAAUUCUAUUCCUUUUAGCAUUGAGAUCCCUGGUGCUGUUCCUUUUACCUCAGAAUUGGUACAAUCAUUAUUAAAUAUUAAUUUAUUACAUACUUCUACUUACAAAAAGAUAUAAAGCUAGUAGUGAUAAAUUUGGUUCUCAUAUUAUUAUGGCAGAGUCUCCUGAGGGCUUUUUCUAUAGGCAAUGACUUUGUUGGUGUUACUUCUUGGACAUCUUGGCUUUUUUAUUAGAGACUGUGUCUGCUCUAUGCUAUGAUCAAUGUUUUUCAAAAGCAAGGUUCUUGGACCACUUGCAUUACCCAAAUUAGAAUCUCUGGGUAGGGCCCAGGGACCUGCAUUUUCACAAGUUUUAUGUGUUGACUUUUGCUAGCUGAACUAUUAGAACCAUAGGCUUGAAUGUGGCUCUAAACUUUUAAGGCUCUAUAUAUCUGGAAAUUUUGAACUGAAGGUCAGCCAUUGGCUUUUGUAUUUUUCUUAGCUCAUCACUAUCAGCAGGUGCAAAUCACUUUUCCCCUCUGCAUGAUCUGAGGCACCCACACUCAGCCUUUUCACUGCCAAUCUUGUUUCAGAACCUGUUUACAAACAAGCCUUCCAGUUGAUUAAUCAUUAUAUCUUGGAGCUCCUCCCCACCCACAUCAGCACAUCUUCUGGUUUACAAGUUGGGUAACAAUGAAAUCUGGAGAUGCUCUAUGAAAAUCCAGCAUUACACACCCAUACACAUGACCACAUACCAGUAAAAGCCUUAAUUUAGACAUUUGUUCUGUACAUUGGACAUAUUGUAUAUCUAUCGGCUGCAAAUCUUGGAAUACGUGGUAUCACUAUAAUCCUUUUUCAUUCCACACUAUAAGACUUUUAGACCCUUGCAAAUGAUUGCCCUAGAAAUGAGUUACCCCUUAGUAUCAGUUACUCAGUGGAAGAAUGUAGUCUUUGUUUUGAAGAAUCCUAAGUGUAAAACAGCACUGUCAAUAUUAAAAAGUGAGUUGUGCUGUUUUAAAGUCACAUAUCAUUGAAAACAAUUUGAAAUCUUGAAGGUUUAUACCAACACCCACAAAUCUAUUCCAGACUGAACAAGCAGCUAAUUUAAACCAAAUUGAGAAAAAAAAAAAAAAAAUUGACCGUGUGGGUUUGUUAUGUAGGGAUUUCACCUACCUUGUUGGUUAUUUCCCUUGAAACACUUUAGAAGGGCUGACUUUCAAAUCUUUAAGCAGUAAGAGACCGUCAGUAGUUGCUCUCGGAGGUUAUUGGUGUGGUCAGUUUUUAAUUAUCACUCAAUGCAUUGAUAUUAAAGUUCAGUAUUAACCUUCUUUCCUCUCUGAUUGAUCUUACCACCUUUAUAGGAGCUUUUUUCCCCCCAAAAAAGUGUUUCACUCUAUUAUGUAAAACAGUUGCAAGAUGUUGCUGUGAGGUUUAGACCCAGAGGGCCCUCAGUUGAGAUGCUACAUGGGCGUCUUGCCUGGCCCUCCCUCUAUGUCCUUUGCUUCCGAAAUUUGGCUGAGUCUCUGGCCAGUUCAUGUCAUCUCUGUGCCUGAUGUGUGCUGCUCUGCUUCAGAAAUCCUUGCAGCUUAUUACUUGCCCCAGUGUUACUAAACUCUUUUCUCGUGUGUCCUGGAUGGGGGAAAAUUAGAGCCAGUGCUUUGAGAGGAACAUUUGGGGGGAGAUGUAACUGACACUACUAAAUGAAGAUGGCAGAAGAUGUUGUCAAUGUUCUUUGUAACCUGAAAACUGAAUGAGGGUGUGAGACUCAUUUCAAACUAUUUUGAAGUGUUAAAAAUACACACACACACACCCAUACAUACGCUGUUUCUCAGUUGUUCCACCCCAACCAUGCUAGGCCUCUCAAAGAUGAAAUGUCAGAGGGGCUUUUCAGUUGUUACUGACCUCAGCAGCUGUGGUGGCCCCUGUUGUUCUACACUGAUUUCAGUUCAAUAAAAAUGUUAACUUUGCAA